AUGUCCAGAAGAUACGAUUCUAGAACAACUAUCUUUUCACCAGAAGGUAGAUUAUAUCAAGUUGAAUAUGCUCAAGAAGCUAUAUCUAUGGCAGGUACCGCAAUUGGUAUAUUGUCAACUGAAGGAGUAGUAUUAGCAUGUGAAAAGAAAGUUACAUCUAAAUUAUUAGAUAAUGAUGGAAGUGCUGAGAAAUUAUAUGUUAUUAAUGAUAAUAUGAUUUGUGCUGUUGCUGGUAUGACUGCUGAUGCAAGUAUAUUAGUUAAUAAUGCCAGGAUUAAUGCUCAACAAUAUUUAAAAACCUAUAAUGAACAAAUCCCAUGUGAGAUCUUAAUUAAACGAGUAUGUGAUAUUAAACAAGGUUAUACUCAACAUGGUGGUUUAAGACCAUUUGGUGUUAGUUUCUUAUAUGCUGGUUAUGAUGAUAGAUAUCAAUUUCAAUUAUUUACUAGUAAUCCAAGUGGUAAUUAUAGUGGUUGGAAAGCUACUAGUAUUGGAGCUAACAAUUCAGCUGCACAAACUUUAUUAAAGAAAGAUUAUAAAGAUGAAUUAACUUUAAAAGAAGCUUGUGAAUUAGCUAUAAAAGUAUUAAGUAAAACAAUGGAUGCUUCAAAUCUUAAUAAUGAAAAAUUGGAAUUUGCUACUUUAAGUUUAUCAAAACAACAACCAGAUAAAGUAAUUCAUAAGAUUUGGUCUGCUAAUGAUAUUGAUGCUUUAAUUAAAGAAUCUGGUGUAUUAAAUGAUAAACCAUCUGAAGAUGAUUAG